CCUUACAGGACUGACUGAUGCAUUUCAUGAGUAAGUAGCUUUAGCCCGGGUGUUUACUAACUUACUGGGUGUUUUUGGAACUACUGCAUAGAGUAAUUCAAAUAAGUAGCAUCAUAUAAAAGUACCAGCCUUGAACUCUGUCACAGUUCUGCUCACAACUAUCAUUCAUUGUCUUAGAGAUUUGGAGACAGUACAAUUGCUUAGCAGACUCAGGCAGCUAGCAAGUAGUGUGCUGUGUAGCAGUGCACAGAGCCUCCCAGCCUCUGCCAUCAGCUCCGUGCACUGGUUGAGCUCCUGUAAGUGGGAAUGGAUGAGGCAGAUCAAGGCAGCGGUGGCUCCCCUGCACAGUCUGUUAGCUUUUGUGGCUGUGGAUUUAUCCUCGGUUAUGAGCUAGGAGUUAUUCAGGCCCUGCAAGAAUUAGCACCUGAGAUGCUGGGAUCGGCAGCCAAAUUCUUUGGAAUAUCAAGUGGAGCAAUCGCAGCUGCAGUAUUGGCCUGUGGUGGCAACCAAGGUAAGGCGGAUGAAUGGUUUAGUUUGUUUGGUGUACUGUUAUAUGUGAUUUCCUCUAGCACUUCACUUAGAAUGGUCAGUGCACAAACUGUGGAUGAAGUUUACUAUGGAGUAUUGGAGAAAAAUAAAAAAUCACUCCUCAGCAUCUUCUCUUCAGGUUACAAUUUCCUUAAGCUCUUGGAAAAGGGAUUGCGUAAAGGCCUGACCGAAAACUGUCACCAGCUGGCCUCAGGGAGGCUUUAUAUUGGUCUCACACGUCUGCCAGAUGGCCAGAAAGUUGUAAUUUCAGACUUUUGCUCAAAGGAGGAGGUCAUUCAGGCAGUGCUCUGCAGCUGCUUUAUUCCUUGCCUAUGUGGAUGGAUCCCCCCUUCCUUCCGAGGCAUGCGAUAUAUUGAUGGAGGAUUCACAAGCCUGCAUCACCUCUCUGACCCAGAAACUACAAUUUACGUAUCACCAUUUGCAGGGGAGAAUGACAUAUGUCCAAGAGAUUGUCCAGCUGCUUUCUACACUAUCAAGUUCCUUGACUGCAGUUUUCAGAUCUCAGUUGAGAACCUGUGCAGGAUCUCCUACAGCAUAUUUCCUCCUUUAUGCCUGAACACACGUGAAAUAUAUGAACAAGGAUAUCAUGAUACCGUUUUCUACUUGCAAAUGAACAAGGAACAUGGAACAGUAACCAGAACAUCGAAGAAGACUUCCCAUAAGCAGCUGCAGCACAGGCUUCCAGAUGCCCAACAGAACAGGAAUUUAUCUGGAUUGCUGCAUGCCUUGGCUGAGAUCUUCUUGCAGAGUUUCUGGAAUUACAUCAAAUAUCUGCAAAAAAGACAAUUUUCUCUGCAAAAACCUAAUAAAGACUGAAAGGGAAGUUUCAGGAAGAGGAAAGUUCUUAUAUGGGUGGGUAUGGAAAGGGAAACAUUUAGGACUGUGCAUCUGGGUUACCCUCUAAAACCUUGCUAGAAUAAGUUUUCAGGGAGCUGCAAUGUAUACAUAAUAGCUGAUUACAUGAUAUAACAAACAUUUUAUUGAUGUUCAUUUGAUGUGAAGAAUUCACUUGUGGUUUUUGCCACACAAAAGUCAUGUAUAUAACCACUAAUCAUGAUAUUGAAAAUUUACAGAACCAUACAGUUACACUACCUGUAAAGCAUUAAUUUGUACUGCUGUUUUUCAUGGAAACAUUUAAAAAUGUGUCAAAGGCUAAAAUGUAGUUUCAGCUGAAAUGUUUGUGUUGUCAAGCAUACAAUUUUUAAUUAAUUUUCUAAGGAAAUCAAAUGCAUUUCAAAAAACUGUUAGCUGAAACCCCAUCUUUCCUGUAGCCCACCACCACCACCACCACCAAGUUUGUUAUUCUGUUCCAGACUUUCGUGAAUUUCUCUGUAUCUUUAUUGAAUUGCAGUGGACACAGUACUCCUGGUGAGGCUUUACCAGUGCUACAUAAAGUGAAAGAACUGCUUUCGUUGACUUCCAAGCAACACUUCUGUGUUAUUCCUAUCCAAUAUGCCUUUGGCUUGUCUCACAAUAAAAGCACAUGGUUGGCUCAUUGUCAAUGUAUGCUCUACUCUAAGCCUUAGAUCUUUUUUUGCAAUACUGAAGCCUGCUUAGUCAUUCCCCUAUAUGCAUCUGUUCAUGCAAGUGUUCUCUCUUAAGAGCAAAGUUUUGCACUUGUCCUAAUUGAAUUUCAUUUGAUUAAUUUCAGACCAGUUUGUCAAGAACACCCUGAAUCCUCAGCCUAUACCCCAGGGCAUCUGCAACCCCAUGCAGCUCAAUGUCAUCUGAAAUAUUAAGGAAACCUGCCUGGUGUGUUUUUUUUUUUUUCAUAAUGUAAUUUUGCAGACCUGGUUUAUGAUCUCUAAGUAGUUGUGGCUGACUAUACUGUAAUUGUAUGCUGUUCAUAAUGGGCUACUCGUUGUUUGAGUCCAGACAAGUUAGUUUCAAAGGCCAGCCACCCUGUUCAUAGAUAAAGUCCAAAAAAA